GGAAGCGCCGGGGCAGCAGUCAAGGCUCGGUUCGCAGGACCGCGGGAAGGCAGCCCCGGCGAGCGGCCGUGCAGCGCGCACCGUUUGGAGGGGCCCGGGCGCGCGAGUGAGGCGCUCUGCUGGCCCCGAGCGCGGCGUCGCAGCCCCCGACCAGCAGUUGCCGCCACCCGACUUUCGUUCCAGUUGCGGCUCCUCCGGGCAGCAUGUCAAAAGCCGCCGCCGCUACAGCUGCCGCCGCCACCUGGGGAAGAGCAGCAGCAGCAGCGGCGGCCGCGGGCGCGCGGGGGCAAUAAGCCGAACCACUCGGCGUACAGGGUACUCUCUCCGCGCUCACGGCUCCGGCGGGACCCGCGCCAUGUGCUGAGCCAUGCCCCUCGCCGCGCCCGCGGGCAGCGCAUGGGGCAGCGCCUGAGCGGCAGCCGAUCCUGCCUCGAUGUCCCCGGCCGGCUUCUGCCGCAGCCGCCGCCGCCCCCGCCACCGGUGAGAAGGAAGCUCGCACUGCUCUUCGCCAUGCUCUGCAUCUGGCUCUACAUGUUCCUGUACUCGUGCUCCGGCUCGUGCGCCGCCGCGCCCGGGUUGCUGCUGCUGGGCUCGGGGUCCCGCGCCGCCCUCGCCCCGCCGGCCCUGGCCUCAGGUCGCGACGGACCUCCCUCGAGGCUGCCGUUCCCAGCGGCGCCAGCCACCCAGUUGGCUCCUGGCGGGGAGACGGCCGAGGGCGCCGCGAGCCAGGAAGAGCAGAGUACCGAGGCGCCGGACUCCCCCAGCCCCAUCUCUAGCUUCUUCAGCGGGUCGGGCAGCAAGCAGCUGCCGCAGGCCAUCAUCAUCGGCGUGAAGAAGGGCGGCACGCGGGCGCUGCUCGAGUUCCUGCGCGUGCACCCCGACGUGCGCGCCGUGGGCGCCGAGCCCCACUUCUUCGACCGCAGCUACGACAAGGGCCUCGCCUGGUACCGGGACCUGAUGCCGAGGACCCUGGAGGGGCAGAUCACCAUGGAGAAGACGCCCAGCUACUUCGUGACGCGCGAGGCGCCCGCGCGCAUCUCGGCCAUGUCCAAGGACACCAAGCUCCUGGUGGUGGUGCGGGACCCGGUGACCAGGGCCGUCUCGGACUACACGCAGACGCUGUCCAAGCGGCCCGACAUCCCCAGCUUCGAGAGCCUGGCCUUCAGGAACCGGACGGCGGGCCUCGUGGACCGGGCGUGGAGCGCCAUCCAGAUCGGCCUGUACGCCGAGCACCUGGAGCGCUGGCUGCGCCACUUCCCCGCCCGCCAGCUGCUCUUCGUGAGCGGCGAGCGGCUGGUGCGCGACCCGGCCGGCGAGCUGGGCCGCGUGCAGGACUUCCUGGGCCUCAAGCGCAUCAUCUCCGACAAGCACUUCUACUUCAACCAGACCAAGGGCUUCCCCUGCCUCAAGAAGGCCGAGGGCAGCGGCCGCCCUCACUGCCUGGGCAAGACCAAGGGCAGACCCCACCCCGAGAUCGACGGCCAGGUCCUGCGGCGGCUGCGCGACUUCUACCGGCCGUUCAACCGCAAGUUCUACCAGAUGACGGGCCACGACUUCGGCUGGGACUGAUCAGACCCUCCCGCCCCGCCCCCCUCCCCACCCG